AUGGACAAAUCACACCCAUUGAGUAGCCCAAUGGUGGUUAGAUCACUUUAUGUGAAAAAUGAUUCUUUCCAACCUGGAAAAGAACAUGAAGAACUCCUUGGUCUUGAAGUGUCAUAUCUUAGUGCAAUAGAAGCCUUAAUGUAUAUUGUUAAUUGCACAAGACCUGAUAUAGCAUUUUCUAUAAAUUUAUUAGCAAGAUAUAGUUCUUCUCUAAAGUAUAGGCACUGGAAAGGGAUUAAGCACAUACUGUGCUAUCUUCAGGGUACUAUUGAUAAAUGGUUAUUCUAUUCAAAUAAAUGUGGGUCACAACUAAUUGGUUAUGCAGGUACAGAAUAUUUAUCUGAUCCACAUAAAGCCAGAUCUCAAACAGGCUAUUUUUUCACAUGCGGUGACACUGCUAUAUCUUGGCGUUCAACAAAGAAAACUCUAACAGCUACUUCUUCAAAUCAUGCUGAAAUACUUGCAAUUCAUGAGGCAAGUCGAGAAUGUGUAUGGUUGAGGUCAAUGAUACAACAUAUCCGGGGAACAUGUGGAUUAACACCCAAUAAAGAAGUACGAACAGUUCUCUACGAAUAUAAUGUUGCAUGUAUUGCUCAACUAAAAGGAGGGUACAUUAAAUGA